CCAGGCACUGCAUCAUUCUCCUCCUGGCUGGAAACUCUUAUAGUCAUCAUUUCACCUCUGUCCGGUCGGUUUGUUCAACAUUUCAAAAUGCCUGUUAAUUUGAGUGGAACUUGGAAGCCUGUCUCCAGCGAGAACUUUGAAGAAUUAGGAAACAAACUCGGCGUGAGCUCCAUCAAGAUCAGCGCAGCCAAGGGAGGAGAGCAGGCCAUCACUCAGACCGGGGACAACCUAGAGCACGUCAAGGUAGUCACAACAGCCGCCGUAGUCUUCAAGAAAACAUCAGAAUAUACCGUGGGUGUGCCAUUUGAGGACAAGGACCCUGCCGACAACGUAUGGAAGUGCAAUGCCAGCUGGGAAGGUGACAGCUUGGUUGUGAACGCAGAAUGCGAGAAGAAGAACUUCAAACAGGUUAUCACAAGAAAAAUGGAAGGAGCCGAGAUGGUGAUGACAUAUGAACUGACUGCCCCUGAUGGCAAUCUGAAGUGCACAAGGCGAUUCCAGAAGAAGGAUUAGGGCACGCCAUUACAUCAAAAUAGUCUUCAUAUUGGUGCACAAUCCAUAGUUUGAAAAUAAAAUUUUAUAGGGUGUAUGACUCUACUCCUGGAAUUUACGAUGGACGAUCAGUGGACAUCGACAGCAAAUUUCAUCUGCGCAUUCCUCUUUCCCGACAGCCAUUACGACCAGAUAGGGACAUUAUUUACACGAGACAUGCAGAUUCCGAACUUUAACAAGCUUCAGGCCUUGCGUAUUCCUGGCCUCAUGUGGGGUCCCCUCAUGCAGGGGAGGCUACAGUAAGAAUGCAUAUUCUGAGCGUAUUUUAGUGUUCGAUAUUGUCCUAGUAUAUACAGGUUAAUGUAUUGCUUACCAUGUACGCCUUUAUUUCGCAAUAAAGACUUGUUAAAAGAA